GAGAAGAACUAUGAAGGUCAUCGUUGAAGAAACCCAAUAUUUUUCGUAAAAACGGAUGUAGGAUUUCCGCUAAUUCCUCACUACAAAUCAUUCAUGGACUCAAAAGAAAGAUUUCAAUAGGUGAGGCAACUGACUUCAAACUUCAGAAUGUCGAACCCACAGAGGAGCAGGCCAAGCUCUACAAAACGAGACUCUACUGGAAGCGUCGGCCAAAAUCGUUUAAUAGACCUGGCCAACGUUCCUGCAUCCAGUCCAAACAGUACAAAUCCGGUUGAAGCCAGUGAAGGGCAAGUCAGUCGGAAUUCAUCCUUUUCAAAGGAGGCUAUCCAGGUGUUGCCAGACUCUCGGCCCUCCACACCUCAGUCUCAGACUCAUGAACCGCCAUCAUCGUCAAAUAGUGGGGGUAUUGAUAUACCCUUGGCAACUGGAAGAGAUGGCAGCCAAGCGGGCGGGGCAGGGGGCGGGAGCUCAUCGUCAGGAGGGGAGCAUCAGUCCCCUUCUCUCAUGUCUGUCCUCCAAUCCCCGUCUUCCCCGCCCAGUAUGUCCUACCUGAGCAGCUUGAGUCCUGGUCCUAGUCCAGCGGGACCUGGAUCUGGUGGUGCUGGACCAAGGGGAGGAUCAUCGUCAUCAUCAGACAUGAGUGGAGCUGUUUUUACGGGGAUUCUGCCUGGAUCUCCUCUUAAUGAUCAGUCCUUCGGGUCCUUACCAGGAUGCACAGUGCCUACAAGUUCUAUGCUUAAUGCCAGCGGGGAAGAUGGAAGUUCCAAGGAAGAUGAUUCUAUCAAGAGUGAACCGCCAAGAGGGGCAAGCUCUACCCCUGACCCGAUGCACCCGUCCCAGUCGGAGCCCAUGUUCCUCAAGCCUGGUGAAGCCCCCUAUUCAGACUACCAAACCCCUGCCGGCCGUGAAGACCGCUCGCCCAAGUCGGCCAAAAAGAAACCCAAAUCAUCUCCCUGGUACAGUGUGCUUGCCUCAACCUACAAGUCAAAGUGUGAGGAGUUCAGAAAGCUCUUCAAAACCAUUCCAAGCAAUGAAAGGCUGCUUAUGGAUUAUUCCUGUGCCCUUCAGAAGGAUAUUCUUGUCCAAGGGCGCAUGUUUAUCACAGAAGGCUGGUUGUGCUUCUAUGCUAACAUCUUCAAAUGGGAAACUGUGUUGACAAUACGUUUCAAGGAUGUAACGGCAAUCACGAAAGAGAGGACGAUACGAUUCAUUCCAAAUGCGAUACAAGUCAGUACAGACAGCGAGAAGUUUUUCUUCACCUCUUUCAUGUCGAGAGAGAAGUCGUUCCUGCUUUUAUUCAGAAUCUGGCAGAACGCUUUGUUGGAGCAGACGAUGCCCUCAUCCGAGUACUGGAGCUGGGUUCACAGUAACUAUGGGAGUGACCUCGGUAUCCAGGGGGAGGAGCUUCCGGCGGACUUCCUUGAAGCCGAGGGUCUGGAUAACCUGGACAAUGAGGAUAGUACGGAAGACAUCUCAGAGAGCUUAGGAUCGGAAGACCAGAGCUACGAUGAAGUCUUUCCGGGGUCAAAGGAUGAGUCCCAGACUGAUGAUGGGGAUGGUAUCACCAUGACGAUCCCAUCUCUGGACAAGAAGGCUGAGCCUGACGGUGCAUUAGAUGCCAGCGAAGACAUCGGAGAAUUUGUGGAUCCUUUAAGUUCACUGGACUUUGGAGGGAAGGAGAUUAUCAAUGAAACUUUCAACAUUCCUGUGGAUAGACUGUUUACCGCCCUCUACGGCAACCAGCAUCCAUUCUGCAAGAAAUUCUUGGAGUACAGGAAGUGUACAGACAUAGAGAUUGGAGACUGGGCGAGACACGACUCGGAUCGUGAUAAAAGAAAGCUCAGCUAUGUGCUCCAUCUCAACACUUCUCUUGGCUACAAAGCUUGUGGUGUGGAGGAGAAUCACAUGUUUCAAAAGAAUUGGAGUAAGACUGGGCAGAGCUACAUCGUAGAGAAAGAGGUGUACAACAAAAACGUGCCUUAUUGUGACUACUUCUACGUUCACACUUGCCAGGUUCUGACCAUGAUCUCCCCGACCAGCUCUCGAUUAAGAUUUAUCAUGAGGAUAGAGUUCCUGAAGUCAGCGCUAGGCUUGGUCAAGAACUUCAUUGAGAGAAACGUAGAGUCAGGUGUGAAACAAGGAGAAAGAGAACUAGUGAAGUUCAUUCGCGAUCAUCUGGAGAUAGCAGUACCUCCGAAGAAGAGAAAGGGAAAGAAGAGACGAUCACAGCAUCCAAACAGAGAGACAGAGGAGAAGAGAAGAACAGAAGUUCAACCACAAUCCAGUACUCAAACAGGGUUCCUAUCUAACCUCACUCCGGUAUGGUUCCAACCAAACUCAGAGACUAAACUCAGUCUACACAGCACCAUGGCUUUCAUAUCUAUCAUCUUGGCUGUAUUAUGUGUCUUCAAUGUAUCUUUGUUCCUCCAACUGAAGUCAUUGGAAGAGGGAACAUCGGGAAAGCAGGUCUGGUCCAGCGCGGAGUUUGUCCAAAAGCUUGGGGAGUUACCAAAGUCUGAAAAGGAUUGGACAGUGUUAUUACAACAGCAACAACAGAUGCAUGCCAAAGAGAUGCAGAAAUGGAGAGACAUUGUGGAUCUUUGUAUACAACUUAUAAAACAGAUGGAAACUACGUUAGGUGAAUUACACAGUGGAAUCUCUCCGUCUGAUGCCAUUCCAAACAUCAAGGAACUGCUUCACUCUUCAACGCUCGACAGCAAAGCUGAACAUCAAACGGCAGAUGGAGGAUAGUCAUUCCUAUCUUUUUGGAGAGAAUAAUAUUAUAUUCAUCAUGACCAACAUUCAUGAACUAUUUCACUGUAAAUUGAACAUUCAGCAGCAGAGAGGUGAUAUUAAUUUUAUAUUAAUAGGCAUUUCUAUAGCGCCGUCUAUCUAGAAAUUCUAUUCCGAGGCGCAUUAAUUAUUACCCCGGCUUUAGCCUAGCUGCCAUUA